AACGCGUUUGUUGCGACAAAGGCAGCCCCCUCGGACCACCGUUGGAUUUGAUGAUUGCAACAUCUGCCUCGGUCGGAUCAUCUAGGUCUCAGGUGUUUGCCACCAUCGCCCUCUCGACCCACCAAGGGCAUCACUGGGCGACCUCGGGAUAGCUUCCUACGACAGCCUUCUACCAUCGCAUACGGACCGCGCCUAGCGCGAUACCCUACUUCGUGUGGUUGGCCUCCGGUAUAAUUCAAGUCCACCAUGGGCCGCAAUGAAUCAAUCGACAUGGAGGGCGGUAGGGGAACGGGAGCAGGAAAGGGCGGCCCAUCGAAGGAGGGUGUGGACGAAGCCGAGCACAACUUCCAGCCACGGACACUGAAAUUCUGGACCAUCAUCAUCAGCAUAUUCCUAGCAUUAUUUCUCGUGGCCCUCGAUCGCACAAUCGUCAGCACUGCUGUGCCAGCUAUUACUCAAGAGUUCAACAGCAUGGGCGACAUUGGCUGGUAUGGUUCUGCAUAUCAGCUCACCACGGCGGCGUCGCAGCUCCUCUUUGGCAGGAUCUACAAGUUCUACGACAUCAAAAGGACCUUCCUCGUCAGCAUACUGAUUUUCGAGGUUGGGGCUGCGCUCAGCGGAGCCGCUUCUAGCUCUGUCGCUUUCAUUAUCGGCAGAGCCAUUGCAGGCUUGGGCGGUGCAGGCAUCUUCUCCGGAGUCAUGAUCGUCAUGGUCUCGCUCGUUCCACUGCGCAAGCGCCCAAUGUUCCAAGGCGUGUUCGGAAGUGUUUUUGGCCUCGCUUCCGUGCUUGGCCCCCUUGUCGGAGGAGCAUUCACGACCGGGGUGACUUGGAGGUGGUGUUUCUUCCUGAACCUACCUGUAGGCUGCUUCGCCGCUUUUUGCGUAAUUAUGUUUCUGCAUCUGCCGCACAAGCCAUCAUCCAGAGCUCCUCUUGUUGAGCACUUUACACGGCUUGAUCCUCUGGGCACAUUCUUCUUCGUCCCAAGCGUGGUCAGCCUACUGCUCGCUCUUCAGUGGGGAGGCUCUAAAUUUGCGUGGGACAGCUGGCGCAUCAUACUCCUGCUGUGCCUGUUUGGCGCUGGCAUGAUUGCAUUCGGCACAGUACAGGUCCUCAUGCCUAAGACUGCAACUGUACCAGUCACGAUCAUUACCCGCCGCAGCAUAUUUGCUGGUGCUGUCUUCAUGUUUUGCCUGGCUGGAUCUAUGUUGCUCAUCAUCUUCUUCCUCCCGCUGUGGUUCCAAAUCGUUCGGGGUGUCUCGCCUCUGCAAUCUGGUAUCAACACGCUUCCAUUUGUCAUUAGCAUGGUUCUCGCGAGCAUCUUGAACGGUGGAGUGACCACAAAGAUCGGUUACUAUGUUCCGUCAAUGUUGCUUUGCCCUGCAAUCAUGGCUGUAGGACAAGGCUUGAUGAGUACUUUCACCGUGACGGAGUCGACCGGCAAUUGGGUGGGUUACGAGAUUGUCGCUGGAGUCGGACUGGGACUAGGCAUGCAAGCCGCCAACCUGGCGGCUCAAGCCGUCCUUCCGAAGCCCGACAUCCCAACGGGCAUCGCCAUCAUGUUCUUCGCGCAGCAACUCGGAGGUGCCAUUUUCACUUCUGUAGGGCAGAACCUCCUCAGCACCACGUUGGCAUCCGACCUCAUCGGCAUUCCAGGUAUCGACCCGUCACAAGUGGGAAGUGUGGGAGCCGCAGAUGUUGUCAGCGCGGUUCCCCCCGAGUUCCAGCCACAAGUCCGUGAAAUUUACAAUCACGCGCUGAACAGGAUCUUCCUCUGCGGCAUGGGUGUCGCCUGCGUCGGCGUACUGGCCGCCCUAGCCAUGGAAUGGAAGAACAUCAAGAAGACGGGCCCAGGCUUGAAUGGAGGGCAACCACCAAAAACACCACCACGGACGCCACCUCAGACACCACCGCAGGCGCCACCGCAGACGCCACCUUCCCCAGGAUUGCUGGAUGGUGAGAGCGACAGAACCGCGGUCCAGCAGUCUGCAUUGAUUCCAGGCGUCGAGAUCGGAGCGUCUUUCGCCAAGAGUAUCGCGGAGAGCACCGCAUUGUCGGAUCUCGAGUCUAUCACGCCACCUCGGGAAGCGCGUCACCGCAGUGUUUCGGGCGGUUCAUGUGCCCACUGUGACCACUGGGGUGCGCAUCUGAAGUCAUCCGCACACUUUCAGGAGCAAACCGUCGCAGAUAGAGCAAGACGCAAGACCAUGCCUGCCUUUAUCAACUACGACCCCGCGAGUCCAUGCCAUCACCACCAAUACGAUGCAAUUCGUCAUUCGUACCAAUCCUUUGAUCAGAUGAGCACGUCUCAAAUGUUGAGCGAGUAUGCCAGGCUUCAAAUCGUUGCGCGGGAGACUCUGUCUCAAAUGCAGAAUCUCAUGCAGUCCCUUUCCGCCCUGCCCUCGACUUUUGCCCCCCCAAACCAGACUGUCGGCCUCGCACACGAGAGCGAGACCCGCUUCAGCAGCCGUCGCCAAUCUCGGACUCGCAGUCUAGUCAGUAUCCCUGGUGGAGUUCCCCUGCGGGAAGCACCAGGAGUCGUGUCGAACUUUGCCGCCUCGGGAAGUAGCGGCGUGGAUGGCGCAAGAAAUCGUAGUGGUGCGACCAGCCCAGCUUCGGGAUCAUGGCCAUUCCCGCCUUCGCCGGCAUCCUCAGCGUUACCCUCCCCGUCUCCUUCGAGUCGGGAGCGGGUCUACACAACCUCCUCCCCGCCGCCACCAAUUCCAACGUCAGCAACUUCUCCAGCUACGCCUUCUCGCGAAGCAAAGAGUGACAAUCCCCACAGAAUGGAGGCGUGCGACGAUGGCGAGGAUGUGCAGACGCCGGGCGCUCUGUACGAGAUUGCGAGGAGGGUGUCGCUGACUCAGACGAGCGGGAGUGAUAUUUCUGAACGGUCUCUAUAGGUAAUGUUUUUUGAACAGUUAGUCCAUCAAAUAAUCCGCUGUUUCCCAGCGGUAGUUGCGGUACCUAGUUCGCACAUGUUCAAAUGUCAGAUUGACACUUUCAUAAUGCCCAAGCCCAUCGUGCUUUCCAUUGCAAAGAAAAGUCCACGGAUCAAGAUUCACAGUGGACUACAAUCACGCGCAGCAAGUAACAAGACUUUAGAUUGGUGGCUUUGGUU